CCGCUGCGGCCGCCGCCGCCAAGUCUCAACAAAGAUGGAACUGGACACCAGCACGCUGCAGAACCUCGACAUCACCUCCCACGAAGAGGACCCAGGGCCCGUUGCAGUUUCCGAAGGCGGCCACGAAGGCAUAGAUGAUCACGACGACGAUGAGGGCUUGGAAGAGCCGCAGGUGACCUUAUACGUCGCGGAGGAGCCAAAGGAACCAUCGGACUGGCAUCUCCUUCUCCCCCAACACUUCCCCGACAAAGCUGGCGGUGCCCCGGCCUGGCUUGAUCCUGUCAAUUUGCCGUCAGGCGAGUUGAGUAGAUGCGGCUUCUGUGGCGCCCCGCUGCGUUUCGUCCUCCAGCUCCAGGCGCCAAUUAAAUGGAAGGAGACAGCCUGCCACCGCACAUUCUUUGUGUUCAUGUGUCCAUCCAUGUCUUGCUUGAUGCAAGACCAGCAUGAGCAAGGGAAAGACAGGGCAGGAAUUCUUAGAAGUGUGAAGGUUUUCAGGUGCCAGCUGGCCAAGAAUAACCCAUUUUACCCGGUCGAAGAGCCUCGACCUGAGGACUGCGUUGAUCCUGAGGGCUGCGGAGGGAAGGAGCAGGAGGUGGAGGAACUCCCGCCGCCGGCAACGGCGGCGAGGGAAGGUGAGGAUGGAGGCGGUGCUCGGGGGGAAAACCUGAUCGCCCCCGAGUCGCCUGCACGAGACGACGCGGGGUUACGCCUCCAGGUGCUUACGAGCGUCAGUUGUAUUCGACUGGGCCGCGUCCUCGGCUGUUGUGAUUGGUGUGGCACAUGGAAAGGUGAAGAGAUUUGCAGCCACUGUUGCGAAGCAAGGUACUGUUCCAAGAAGCACCAGGAAUUGCAUUGGCAUGCUAGUCACAAGAAUGACUGCUGUCAAAUACCAGGUUCAUUCAAUGACUCUAAUCUGCCAGGUGCACGAAAAGUAUUUGCUGGCAGUUCAUGGCCUGAAUAUCUUAUAUUUGAUGAAGUGGAGACCCCUUAUUGUGGCGAAAACAGCUCAGAGCAGUUGGUGGAAGAAGGCGACGAACCAGAUGACAUAACACAAUUAUUGAUGGAUCAGUUUGAGGCUGAUGAUGACAAAACAUGCUGGGCAUCGUUCAUAGACCGUGUAGAAGGAACUCAUCAAGUAUUGAGGUACUGUGGGGAAGAAAAUGCAGAACCUCUUUGGGCAGAAUCAACGGGGUCUCUGACAAGUGCUGACAUUCCAUCAUGCAUCUAUUGUAAUGCCCCACUUGCCUAUGAAUUUCAGGUAAUGCCGCAACUACUCCAUUACUUCAAUGUGGAAAGUGACCAAGACCCUCUCGAUUGGACAACAAUUAUUGUGUACACAUGCCGAGAUUCGUGUGAUAAAAGUAUCAGCUACAAGGAGGAGUUUGUAUGGGUUCAGUUAUCAACCGAUACAAUAAGCACAUACCGAGCCAUUUCAACUCCAGCUGGUUUGUAGCACUUAAAAUACAACCUGUCAGUCUGUUAACAGUUGCAUAAAUGCGGUUGCAUGAUGGGUGUUCAGAAUAAAAGGCUGAGUUCUCCGAAUUAAUCCACGUCCUGGUUGGAAGCUCU